GUAACGAAUGGGAAACUGGCCGGACCGAAUUCUCACUAGGGGGACGAGUUUGGUUGAUUUCCCGCUCUGUUCAAAGUAACGAAUGUGUAUCUUUGCAUUAAAAACGGAUAUUCAUAAUACAUAAAGUGAUAUUGCACUCAAAGACUCCUAAAAUUCUCGCUUUCUUUAGUCUUAAUACCUGGUCAUCUGAGUGAGAAUGUCUACAAAGGCUAGACGCCGUCUUAUGAACGAUUUCAAGAAAAUUCAACUUGAUCCUCCUCCUGGUGUAUACGCUGUUCCACUUGAUGACAACAUAAUGAAAUGGCAUGCAAUUAUUUUGGGGCCGGAUGGCACAGCAUUCGCAGACGGUAUAUUUCGGCUAACAAUGGAGUUCACCGAGAACUAUCCUAACGUCCCACCGAUUGUGCGAUUCGUUUCCAAAAUGUUUCAUCCUAAUGUAUAUAGUGAUGGUAGUAUAUGUUUGGAUAUAUUGCAAAACAUGUGGUCUCCGUCAUAUAACAUUGGAGCAAUAUUAACAUCAUUACAAUCACUUUUGGGGGACCCGAACCCCAACUCUCCUGCAAAUACGACAGCAGCAGAAUUAUUUGAAGAAGACAAACGCCAGUAUGAAACACAAGUCCGAGCCAUUGUUGAGGAGUCGUGGCGAAACGAUGAACCUGUUGAUUGACUUCGUACUGUAUUUGAGCACUUGAUUUAUGUACUUGUAAAUAAUAUUAAUUUCUGAAGUGUACCAGUUCUUGUAACAUAAUGUAUGAAUAACAUAUUAUCUAAGACGUAGUUUGCAUACACUGCUAUUU